AUGGAUGGCACAAAAGGGCAUAUUGAAGUAAUUUACCCUUGGCUGCCACCUCAGUGUAACAUAUGCCAGAAAUGGAGUCACCUCACUAAAUAUUGUCCAGAGGAAGAGGUUCGUAUUCUUCAAAGCAAGCCCCCAGAAAUGUCCCAUGCAUUUGAGGUUGUCGAAGGAUUGCUUAAGGAACUGGAGACCCUUCUGGUUAGCUCAACUCUUGGUACUAAGGAUCUCGCUGUUGCGAAAGAAGGCGAGACAUCCAAGAAACUCGCUACGGUGGAACAAACCCCUACAGAGCCAUCCUCAUGUAUCAUUGUGGUGAAAGAAACGGGUAUUGACUUCAUGUGUUCAGUGGUCUAUACCUUUAAUUUUGAGUCUGACAAGCGAAAUCUCUGGGAUGAAGUGCGAGCUACUGAAAAUGCCUAUGCUUAUGUCUCAGUUCUGUGGAUCUUGCUCGGUGAUUUUAAUGAAGCUCUAGCUACAAGUGAACACUCGAUGGGUUAUGAUCAAACUGCUAGACAAGUGGGUAUGUGCCAGUUUCAAAAUCUUGUUGCCUAUUGUAGCCUUCCGGAUCUCCCUGCAGUGGGCUCAAUCUUUACCUGGUGGAAUAAAAUAACGGGAGACCCAGUUGGGAAGAAGCUAGAUAAAGCUUUAGUAAAUGGAUUGUGGCUGCAAAGCAUUCUACAAUCAUAUGCCAAUUUUGAAACCGGUGGAAUCUCUGGUCAUGCCAGAUAUCUCAUUCGCUUGGUGCAACAAAAAACGGUAUCUCGAAAACCCAUUAAGUUUUGUAACUACCUGACUGACCAUCAGAGAUUUAUCCCUACAGUGAAACAAGUGUGGCAUGAACAUCCACCUACUUUUCAUUCACGAGCAGCACUAUAUCGUUUCCACAAACAGCUGAAAUCUCUUAAGUUUGGGCUCUGA